GUCCGCGGGAGGGCGGCGGUGCCACGGCCGCCACCGGCCCCAGCCCCUCCUCGGCCUCCGCCGCGGCCGCACCAGGAGAUACAGUCUAUUGGAGAAGAUAGAUAGGAACGGAAACCGGAGUCAUUUGCAGUGAGACACUACUCUCCUCUGACUAGAGAUGGCAGAAAUCAAUUCUCCUGUAAAUAUCAAGGAAAAGAUCAAUGCAAUCCGGUCAAUUGUUCCAAACAAAAGCAAUAAUGAGAUAGUUCUGGUGUUGCAGCAAUUUGAUAACAACGUAGACAAGGCUGUUCAAGCUUUCAUGGAUGGCAGCGCAGCUCAGGUUCUAAAAGAAUGGAAUAUGACAGGGAAAAAGAAGAACAAUAGAAGAAAAAGAAGCAAAUCUAAACAGCAACAAGGCAAUAAAGAUCCUAAAAACAAGAAUAGUGGACCUGAGAAGGCAUCUCAAGAGCCUCAGCGAAUAAAUGACUGUCAUAUGAAUGGAUGCCCUAAGGACAGUUCUGGCCAUGGUUCUGCCAAUCAGAAACUGGAAACCUCUUCUCCUGAGAACAAAGGCUCCGGAUUUGUAGGGUCAGCACUGGACUGUCCAGAAGUCAAAGACACCAUGAAUCAUCAGUUGAAUAAAGUGAUGCAUAAAAAGCAUCUUCAGAAUGAAGAAUCGUCCAUUCAUCGAAACAGAGAACGAGAACGCCAGAGAGUAUCUGUGGAAUCAAACCCAAAGACUGUGAAUGGAGUAGAACAGCAUGAGCCCCUUCAGUCAUCAGUUCAACUCCAGUGUAACCUAGGCAGGCCAAAGUCAAAAUCUUCCUCAGUUAAAUCACCCAAUGCGUCAACCCAACUUGAAACAAAGACAGAUGAUUCAGUCAAAAAAAGAGGGCCAAACAUUGAAAAGUCAGUAAAAGACUUGCAACGUUGCACUGUUUCUCUAACCAGAUACCGUAUGAUGAUCAAAGAGGAAGUGGAUAAUUCAGUGAAGAAGAUCAAAGCUGCUUUUGCAGAAUUACACAGCUGCAUCGUAGACAAAGAAGUGUCAUUAAUGGCAGAAAUUGAUAAAGUUAAAGAAGAAGCCAUGGAAAUCCUGACUGCUCGGCAGAAGAAAGCAGAGGAGCUGAAGAGGCUGGCAGACCUAGCCAGUCAGAUGGCUGAAGCACAACUCUCUGAACUCAGGGCUGAAAUUAAGCACUUUGUGAGUGAACGGAAAUAUGAUGAAGAGCUGGGCAGGUCUGCCCGAUUUUCCUGUGAUACAGAGCAGCUGAAGACCCAGAUCCAGCUCUGUGGAGAAAUUUCUCACCCAAAGAACAACUAUUCCUCAAGAACACCGUGUAGUUUAGUGCUCUCUUCAAUGACCUCACAUGCAACAACUGGCAAGCAAAAUACGCACAACCGAAAGUCCUCUAGUAAUGCCAAGAACUCUGAUAAUAAAACAGCCAGCACUAAAGUACAAAGCUAUCCUUCCAAUCCUACAGAAUCUGCUUCUCAAGGAGUCCCCACAAAUAAACAGAAUGGGCCUUCUAGCCAGAGACGAAGAUUCAACCCUCAGCAACAAAACAUGCGGCUCAAUGGAUCUCAAAAGUCACAAGGUGCCAGUAAUGAGGCAGAUCAAAAUACAAAGAGUGGUUCCAGGUCUGAGCACAGAAGGCAGCAGCAUAACAGCUUUCGAUCUAAAAAUAAAGGAGCGAUGAAAAAUCAAGAGCAGUCUACAGCUGCAAGGACCACAGAGAAUCCAACGCAUUUGGAGAAAUCCCGACGGAAGCAUCACACACCAGACACCGCAGAGCACAGGCCUUUCCAAGACAACGUUGGCAGGGUGUCACAAUGCAAUUUGUGUCCUGCAAGGAUGGAGGUCUCUGCUGAUGCCACUGUUCUUUCAGUGCCAGCUGUGACUUUGGUUGCUUAAAAUGUCACAGUGAUGGCAGGCAGAGAAAUUCAAUCUCUUCAUUAUAGUUUGUUGCUCGAAAAGCUUGUUGGUGAAGAAAGUAAGUCAGAACAUAGUCUUUUAAAUCUUUUGCUGCUUAAAACUUGUCAGUAUCUUUAUUACUUACUAAUUAUCAAAAUUAAAUCAUACUUUCAAGGCUUUCCCCAGUAUGUUCACAUUUAUUUUGUCAUGACUGUACGGAAUCUUACCAAAGCAGCAUUUACUUCUUAGAGAAAUGAAAUCUAGAUUGGAAAGAUAAAUUGAUAAUUAAAUUCAUAAUAGCAAAAUCCUGUUGUAGAUAUGUGGUUUUACCAGUCAGCAUUAUUAUUUCAUAGAACACCCUGUGUUAGAAGGAUCCCAGGAAGUCUGUAUGCUGUGGUCUGCGAUGAAAUCAAAUAAUCUUGUAGAAUUUUUCAGCAAAUCUCUAUACACCUCUUUCUUUCUGUGCGUGUAUACAUGUACAUGCAUGCACACUGUAUACACAGAGAGUAUUGUUCUAUAUGAGAAGAGUUGAAAAAGCAAUUUGUUUGAUUUUAGCUUAUUAUUCCAUAAUCUGAGAUCUUUAAAUUCAAGUAUAAAUUGUAUUAAAUGUAUUACAUAUUGGUAUUUUUCAUGGACAAACUAUUUUUAUGAGGCUGAGGAAAUACGCUCAUUUAAGUUUGGAAUGUAUAUAGUAAUGGCUAUUCAGAUGCACAGCCCUGUUCUCCAUCCUUAUCAGCCACUUUUCUAUGACUAGUUGGAUUUAUUUUUUGCAUAUAAAAAGUUGCAGGUCUUCUAGACUUGAAUUCAAAUUAUUUUUCUAUAUUUUUGCUGUAGGAACCAUCUGUCCAUAACAAGAGCUAUGACUAAUAAAUUACUUAGUCUUUAUGUUCUGAGUCUGUACUUCAGAAAACCUGUUUCUUCCAAAUAAUUAAAAUCUUUCUAAAAUA